GUCAUAAUUCAUUCUAGUAUGGCGGCGUAUUUUGUUGUUUAGUUUUUGUCGGCAAGAACUUUAGCAAAUUUCCGUUUCUUUUUUUGUUUAAACGCCGAAAUUGCGUGUGUCUGGUCGCCUAUGCAAUUUGAGUGCUCGAAUUUCGCUCACACAUAUCAAAAAGUGCUCGAAGAUGUGGCACGAAGCGCGGAAGCAGGAAAAGAAAAUCCGCGGAAUGAUCGUCGACUACAAGAAGAGGGCGGAACGACGCAGGGAAUUUUAUGAAAAAACCAAAGCGGAUCCUACCCAGUUUUUGCAACUUCACGGCAGGAAAAGCCGAAUUUAUAUCGACCCGGCGAUAGCCCAGGCAGCUGACAGCAAAGUCAGCAUGAUGCCGUGGCUUGGCCAAGCUGACAAUCUGAUCGACCGCUUUGAUGUUCGAGCCCAUUUGGACCACAUACCCGAAACUCCUACUAACAUUGAUAUUAAACUGACUAAAGAAGAAAACUUGGAGGAGCGACAGGCAAACUACGAGCGAUACAGGAUUCUUGUACAAAAUGAGUUUUUAGGAACUACCGAAGAAAAAUUUCUGCACCAAAUUCAUAUUGAGGAACAAUACGGUUCAGUCGGUGCUAACACCACCAAGGUGAAGGAAGAGGAGAAAAAGAAACUGGCUGAGAAGAAAGCGGCGAUUGGCUACGUUUAUGAAGAUUCAACACCUCAACCUUUUGGAGGCAAACAGCCCCCCGUGGGAAACGAAGAGUCUGAGGAGGAGGACGACAACGAGGAAGAUAUUGAUUUUGAUUUGAAUGUGGAUAUCAAUCAACUCGGCCCUACCCAGGCAAAUGAUAUGAAUAAGCAGGCACACAAAUUUGGACUUGUGGGCAACGAUUUUUAUAGCAUGUUGACCAAAGACGUAGAGGAGCAAGAAGCCUUAAGAGCAGCUAGGGAGCAAGAGGAGGAAAAAGCCUUGUAUUCGGGAAGGAAAUCAAGAAGAGAAAGACGCGCUUUUAGGGAAAAACGACUGAUGGGACGUAAAAUAAGUCCGCCAAGUUACGCUGCUAAGGAGAGUCCAAGCAACAAUAGACAAUCUACUUCAAAGUCUCGAUCGCGCUCACAUUCGCCUGUCAAUUCUGGCCAAAUAACCUACAUCACCAGUUUUGGUGGAGACGACUCGGAUAAUGAACAGCGCUCUGUUGUUCAAGGGCCAUCACUGCCACUGUCCGUGGCAAACAAAUCAGCACCCAAGAACAUAAGUUCCAAAGCAUCAUCUAACCGACCAACCAAUUCGCCACCUAGAAAAAGCCGACCGAGCAGACGCAGUUCCUCCUCUAGCUCUCGCUCCAGAUCCAGAAAGUCUAGUAGAGGAAGAGGUCGUCGAAGGUCAAGCAGCUCAAGAUCAAGGAAACGGCGACGCAGCAGUUCUUCAAGUCGAAGCCGAACUAGACGGAGGAAAAGUAGGAGCUCCAGUUCGUCUUCGUCAUCUCGCUCAAGGCGUCGUAGCAGCCGAAGUAGUUCUAGUACUAGUUUGAGGUCGCAGAGGAGCAGAAAGAGGAGUUCCUCUUCAUCUUCAGCAUCACCAAAGCGCAACUCUCUGAGGGUUUCAGAGUCCAAAUCUAAAUCGCCGAAGAGAGAAACGUCCCCCAAAAUACCUCCAGCCCCGCCUAUAAAGCGUUACUAUGGUAGGAAGAAAGAAGAUGUGUCAUCAUCGAAUUCAGAUAUGGAAGUCGAUUCUGAAAACGACAAUGAAAAGUCCAACGCAAGCUCUAGUAGAAAAAAUGAUGAAAGAUCGACUUCGGGUAAUUCUGGUGCUGCACGCAAACUUUCGAACAAUUCUCGGCAGGAGCUGCUUAAAAAAAGGAUGCAAGUUCUACUAAACCGACAAUAUCGAGCCGAUAAACGAGCAGAAAAGGAGCGCCAAGAUAAAGCUGAGCAGGAGCGAAUGGACCGGGAGGAGGAAUUACGUGAAAUGUCUAUUAAAUUGAGGCGACGCAUGAUGGAGAGGGAAAGGAUGAUGCACCGAGAUUCGGACGAGGACAACUUAAGUUUGUCCGGGUCAAUAUCGAUGUCACCUAAGUCGGCAAGUCAGUUAGCCAGUGGCCGAGGAAGAAGCAAGAGCAACUCGCCUAAAGCCAGGAGAUCCCCAAAACGGCGCGAACGCUCUCCAGCACGGCGUCGUCGGUCAUCGUCCAGCUCACGCCGACGAAGGCGUUCAAGAAGCCGCUCCAGAUCCAGGUCAAGGAGAGACAGUCGAGAAAGAUACGAAAGAGGUGGAAGGUCAUACCGUAGAAACAGAAGCAGGAGCCGAAGCCCCUAUCACCGCCAUAGAUAAAAUAUUCUAAUUAAAUAAAAGAACGUUUUCACACACUAUUAAUUUAAUACAGAUAAACUUCUGUAUACGAGCAUGAAAAAUGCAUCAACUAAAAUUUUACGCUAUUUUAUACAUUUUGUAACAACUGCCCUGUGCAGUAAAAAUACAUUUGUCUCCAUUCCAUCCUUAACUUUCAGUUUAUGUACAAAAAGGUCCAGUUGCAAUUGAAUAAAAGGGCUGAAUUGUUAAAAAUU